AUGGACACAAAUUAUCAGAAGUCUUAUGAAAAUAAAGACUAUGCAGAAUUGAAAAACGAUUAAAUAGAAUUUGAAAAUUUCAAUUAAAACGAAAAUAUAAGUUAAGAUCCAACUCGCGCUUCAUAUUAAACUUCUGAAUAUGAAGGAUAUGGUGAAGAAAAACCCUAGCAUUUUGGAUAUAAUAUACUAUUUGAUUUAAAUCCUUUGACUGGUUAACCAAAAUAUACACUUGGCCCUCAUUGGCCACUAUUUUUUUGUGCUUGGAGUUCUUUCGUUGUUGUUGAUUUCUUCCUGAUCAGGAUGAUGUGGAACAACACAGAUAAUAUAAUUUGGUUUAUAUUAACUCUGAUUAUAUGCUCUAUUCAUGUAUUAAGUUACCUUUAUACAGCUUUAGCAAACCCUGGAAUAGCACAUAAAAAUGAUGAAGAAACAAAGAAUGUAAAAAAAAUUGAAAAUUUAAGUUACUAAUAAAUGGAACAAAUGUUAUGUAAAAAGUGUGAUAUUUUAAAAGACAAAUCAACUGAGCAUUGUGAUAGUUGUGAUGUUUGUGUAAGAGGUUAUGAUCACCACUGUCCUUGGAGCAGUAAGUGUAUAGCUAAAGGAAAUAUCAAACCUUUUAAUGUGUUUAUUGCAAUGACGUUUAUUUAUAUGGCUUAUGCAAUAGUUGUUACAGUAGUGACCCUAUUACCACCUAACAAAAGAUAUAUGCGUUAGCCAUCUAAUAAUCCUGAUGUAUACGAAAACAAUAACUCUACACUACAUAAUUUCUGA